AUGUCGGCACCACACAUACCGAAUUUAAACUCUCUUCGGCGAGGACCACGAGGAAGGGGUCGAGGCUUAGGAGAUCGUCCUGGAGGUGUGAGUCACAAACAUGUGGAUCAUGAUCAAGUUGUGCGAAACACCGACAAUGAUGCUGCCACCUCCCGAUUAAGCGCCGUGGAGGCUGGAUAUCUCGAGGAUCCGUUUGCCAGACUCCUUGCACCAGGGGAUGGCGUUCAGCGGCGCCUACCUCUCAUGAAUCGAGGGACGUACGUUAGAACGGCAGCAAUUGAUAAGAUUGUCUACAGGUUUUUAUCCUCCAGGGAAUCUGGGCGCAAGCAAAUUAUCUCUCUUGGGGCAGGCAGCGACACCCGGUACUUCCGGUUGAAGCAGAAACAACGCGGUCUUGACCUGGCCUAUCACGAAAUCGAUUUUGCAGCCAACACACAACGCAAGAUCAGCCACCUACGAAGUGUUCCCUUUUCUAAUCAAGCCAAAUCAUUGUGUGGUAUCGACUUGCAGGCCUCUGAUGUUGAGGUUUCUCAAGAUAGGACCAAGUUAUCCUCGACGGAUUAUUUUAUCCAUCCCCAGGAUCUGAGAAGCUUACCAAAGAUUGAGACCGGGCUCACUGGGAUUGACACUUCCCUACCGACGCUCAUCCUCUCAGAGUGCUGCCUCAUCUAUCUGCCUCCAGAUGACGCGGAUAGUGUUUUGGACUGCUUCGAUCGAAUCUUCCCACCAACCACACCUUUGGCGAUUGUGAUCUACGAGCCCAUUCGCCCAUUCGAUGCGUUUGGGAAGACGAUGGUGAGAAACCUCAUGGAAAGAGGUAUUCAAUUGCAAACUCUGGAGAAAUACUCUGGGCUUGAAGAACAACGACAACGACUAAACAAUCACGGCUUCGUUGUAACUUCCAAUGGAUCAAUAGCUGGAGCGGAAGCAGCCGACAUUGAUGCCAUUUGGCAUAGGUGGAUCGACCCUGAGGAAAAGGAGAGGAUCGAGGGGUUGGAAUGGAUGGAUGAAGUGGAGGAGUUCGUCCUGUUAGCGAAGCAUUAUUGCAUCUGCUUGGGUUGGAGGGGAUUUGGGGAUGGCUCUUUAUGGAGCCCGCUGCUGCAAUCACUCGAGACGGGCGGGUGA